UAUCGAUACAUCGGAUGCUUAUCGAUACGCUGCUGCAUUCCCACUGACGCACAUUUUUGUUUAUAACUAUUUCAUUAUUUAAAUUGUUUAAAAUUCGCCGUGUAAUUAGUUGAAUCUGAGCAGAAGAGAUGUCCUUUUCAUUUACGCCCAACACCAAUGCUGGAAUUGGCGGCACAGCGCCUGCAGCGGGUGGUUUCGGCGGUUUUGGCGCGCGUCCAGCAACAACAACGGCGCCACCUCCAGCAUUUGGUGCAACUGCAGCGCCAGCCUUUGGACAAGCAGCAGGAGGAUCGCCGUUCGGACAAGCACCAGCGACAACAGCCUUCGGACAGGCGCCCACGUCGUUAGGACUUGCAGCGGCCACAGCAGCACAGCCAGGAUUCGGAGCACCAGCAGCACAGCCAGGAUUCGGAGCACCUACGGCACAGCAAGGAUUCGGAGCACCCACAGCACAGCCAGGAUUCGGAGCACCUACGGCACAGGCUGGAUUCGGAGCACCUGCGGCACAGCCAGGAUUCGGAGCACCAGCAGCAGCACCUGCAUUCGGAGCAGCUACAACAGCAUCGCCAUUCGGCCAAGCAGCGCCUGCCGUCGUCACCGUAGCGCCCACAUUCGCCUUUGCGCCACCGGCCACGAGUGCUCCGACCACAGCGCCGCCUGCUUUUGGUUUUGGCAGCACAGCCACCACCGCACCGGCCACUUCAGUCGGCAUGGCACCGGCUCUGACUGCGGGCAUUGGAUCCUUUGCGUUCGCCAAGCCCCAAGCCACGACGGCAGCCAGUCUGAACUUCAACACGAACACCACGACAGCCACGUCGCAGCCAUUCAACACGGGACUGCGGCUGGGGGGCACCACGUCAGCUGUGGGCAGUGGAAUCUUUGGCAAACCGGCUGGCCAGCAGACCACAGCACCCGCGGCAUUUGUGGGACUGGGCGGAAUCGAUGUGACCGCCACGCAGCCAAAGUUGGGAGACAACAAGAAGGACGGCAUCAAGAUCAAGGAAACCCAAGUGCCGGAUGAGAUAGCCAAGACGGUGGAGGCCCUGAAGGUGUACAUCAAGCAGCAGAAGACCACCUCCUCGGACAUCGGACGGACGUCCACCUCAAAGUUCUCGAAUGUGACGCACGAGAUCACGAGCCUGGCGUGGGCGCUGCAGAACAUGGCCAACUCGGUGGACACCAACAACCAGCAGAUCAAGCUGCUGCGCCUGGAGACGGCCAAGGCCAUACAGUCCCUGGAGAUGUCACAGCGAACCCAGGACACGCCCAUCGGGCUGCAGUACGAGAACAAUGCGCCGUUCCAGUACUUUCAGUGCCUGGUGGUCAAGUACGAGCAGGAUUUGAUUGCCUUCCGGCAGCAGAUCACGCUUACCGAACGGCACAUGCACGCCCUGGCCAAUCCGCAGAGCAUCGCGCCCGAGGACCUGAAGCGCGGCUUCCGGCAGCUCAACGAGGCCUUCAUCUCGCUCGCAGGUCGCCUGCACGAGCUCCACCAGCGCGUCGAGGAGCAGAAGGAGCUGUAUCUGAAUCUGCGACGCUAUAAACUGCGCGAUGCCACCAAUGUCUUUGAGAAGAUUGACAAUCCACCGCCACCAGCAGUCGAGCCCCAACGGAUCAGCAGUGGUCCGACGCCCUUCUCCAACAUUUCGGCCAUUAGCAGCCUGAACAAAUCGUACGCAUCGGCGGCGGCCGCUUCCUCCAGCAAUGCGGCAGCCAAGUGAUUGCUCCCACGAUCCUUACGUUGAAAUAAAUCGUUAUUCAUGAAGUAAAAGUAAUCCUCGCGAG